AAGCGGAACAUUGAUCGUGCGGCUAAAGUAUUGCAGCAGAUAUGGCUGCAGUGAGUUAUGCUGCCGAGGAUCCAUGUUCGAAUGCUAUGCUACUAAACAAACAGAACACGAGACGAGACGCACGACAGUUCAUAAGCUGUUCCUCUUGUCGCCGCCGCCGUCUCUCAAAUCAUCAUCGUACUGUACUCUAAUGGCCGCCAUCAUUUCAAGAAGAUUAAGGCUAACUUCUUCAAUCCUAAAACCUUGUCAAUUUCCAAUCUUUCAAUCCAUAACCCACAACCCAUCUUCUUCUUCUUUUCCACACUUUUUCUCUCAAUUAACAACCCCUUCAAAGCCCACUUCACAUCUCAAUCUAUAUCCCUUUUCAUCACACAAAGUUUCAAUUUUUAACAACCCUUUUCUUCAUUUCACAAAACCCAAGUUUUUAUCAUCAUCAGAAAAAGAUUCAAACUCAAGCCCAUACCCAAGUGAAAAUCCAAAUUUCAAACACCAAGAAAUUGAAGAACCAACAGUAGAAAGAGAUUUAUCACCACUUGCUAAUGAGACAAGAGAUGUUCUUGAAGGGAUGAUGAAGAACAUUUAUGGAUUAAGCAGAGUUAUUGCUUUAAUGGGUCUUGUUCAGCUUGGUGUUGGAGGUUGGAUAACAUACAUAACCAAAUCUUCACCAAUUACUGAGGUUUCUGUUCAAAGCUUUUUGGCUUUUGCUUUUCCUUUUUCUUUGGCUUUUAUGUUACGUCAAAGUUUGAAGCCAAUGCAUUUCUUUAAGAAAAUGGAGGAACAAGGUAGGUUGCAGAUUCUUACACUUACACUUCAAGUUGCUAAACAGUUGAAUGUUUUGUUUGUUAGGGUUAAAGGGGUUUCUUUUCUUUGUAUUCUUGGUUUGUCUGCUGGAUUGCUUUUUGCUGUGUUUUCUAGAUGAGUUUGUUUUAGUUUUUUCUGACCAAUUUGAGGAUAUAAGGUUUUCAUUUUGAAUUUUCAUGCUAGUGUAGUAGCCAUAUUUUACUUGAAAAGCUAUAAUGUUAUUAUGGGUAUGGCUAGUUUGAGUGCUUAUUAGUCUUUGCUUUCCCAAUGCUGUUUAAAUUCAUUUACUACUUAUUGUAAUAAUGUUAAACCAUGGAAAAGUUAUGAAACACAUACACUCUUCGAAGUAGGUGUGGCGCCCCGGUGUCGGACACGCAUCAAUGUUCGACACUAUAUUGAAUUAUGCUAUCAGCGUUGACGUAUUAGUGGUUA